AUGGCUAUUGACAGCCCUCGACUUCGUCCACCAUUCCGUGCGGAGCAGAUUGGCUCGCUCAAGCGACCCACUGCUCUCCUGAGGAAACGAGAGGCAUUCGAGGAAGGGAAAUGCACUCAGGAGCAGCUGAGAGAGGUUGAGGACGAAGCGAUCAGCGGGAUCCUUCAGAUGCAGAGACAGGUCGGAAUCAAGGCCAUGACUGAUGGUGAAUUCCGGAGGCACAUGUUCUUCGAUGGCGUAUUCGACAACCUGGAAGGAAUGAAGUACAUACCAGUAGUUCCUGACGAAUGGUUCAUGGAAUACGUGCCCGACAUUGACGGGUUCAAAGCUCUCAAAGGAGGUGCGACCUAUAUAUGCGAGUCUAAGAUCAAGCGCACGAAACCCUUCUAUGUCGGACAAUUUGAGAACCUCAAGCGGCUCACGGCACAGGAGGAGUAUGGCCAUAUCAAAUUGACCAUCUGCGCUCCGGGAUGGUACCAUCUUCGCCACGGACCAUAUGCCUAUCCCAAGGAUGUCUAUGCAAAUGAUGAGGAAUACUUCGCCGAUAUCAUAGAGGCAUAUCGCGAGGAGCUCAAAGACCUCUAUGCCAUAGGGUGUAGAAACAUACAGUUUGAUGACCCGCUCCUCGCUUACUUUUGUGACAUGAACAUGCUCAAGGGCAUGAAAGAGCAUGACAUCGAUCCUGAGGCUCUGUUCAACCUGUACUGCCGAGUGUAUCGAGAUAUUCUAGAGGAAAAGCCUGCGGACAUGACCGUUGGCAUACACCUCUGCCGGGGUAAUUUUAAGGACGGACAUCAUUUCAGCCAGGGCGGGUACGACCGUAUCGCGAUCAAGCUCUUCCAGGAGAUCCCUUGCGAUACCUACUACUUAGAGUAUGAAACGGAGCGGGCCGGUACGUUUGAGCCUCUCCGCUGGCUCCCCCGGAACAAGUCGGUCGUUCUCGGGCUCAUUUCCAGCAAGUUCCCAAAGAUGGAAGACAAGGAAGAGUUGAUUCUGCGCGUCCAUCAGGCGGCGGAAAUUAUCUCAGGCGGAGAGGAGAAGCGUCCGAAAGAAGAAGCGCUGAACCAGAUCUGUAUCAGCCCUCAAUGCGGCUUUGCCUCGCAUGAGCUGGGUAACCCGGUAACGGAGGAGGAUAUGAUCCGAAAGCUGCGAUUGAUUGUUGACACGGCAAAGGUCAUUUGGUCGGAUGCGUAG